GGAAUGUGAUGUGUGGUUCAGCUAUGGGCAGGCAGCACCUGAAAGUGGAGGUGGGCGGGGUCCCCUGGGUAUGCCUAACAGUUAAGGGCGGGACUGAAGCCCAGAGUGGCCCAAGUGAUGGACCACUGACCUGGUCAAGACCAGGACCACGAACAUGCGAAACAUGAAUGAAGCCCUUAGAACAGGGGACUGCCUGGAGAAUGAUGAGCAGUGCCUCAAGUUGGAGAAGGCAGCCACAAAGAUUCAGUCAUGGUGGCGUGGCAACGUGGUGCGCAGGACAUUACUGCACAUGGCACUCAGGGCCUGGAUCAUCCAGUGCUGGUGGCGGUCCAUGCAAGCCAAGAUGUUGGAGCAGAGACGGCGCCUGGCGCUAAGACUCUACACCUGCCAGGAGUGGGCGGUCGUGAAGGUGCAGGCGCAGGUCCGAAUGUGGCAGGCCCGCAGGCGGUUCCUCCAGGCGCGCCAGGCAGCCUGCGUCAUCCAGUCACGUUGGCGCGGGCAUGCCAACCACUCCCGGGGCCUGAUUCGGGGCCACUAUGAAGUCAGAGCCAGCCGGCUGGAGCUCGACAUCGAAAUCCUCAUGGCUUAGAUCUCUGCCCCUUCUCCCCGCCCCAAUAAAGACACUUAACCACA